AUGAGUGUGCCGGCACCGGAAGAUAUCCGUCCAUCAACGUCGAAUGGUGAUCAAUCAAUUAAAGAUACAAACAAACCAGCUGCGUCUACUUCAGUAUCCACUAAUGCCCCACCACCACCACCAACCUCUAGCACUACCAACAACAACAACAACAACAACAACAACAACAACAACAACAACAAUAACGACAACACUCAAGCAUCUCAACAACCACAAGAAAAGAAAGAAAAGAUCAUUCCAAGAGAUGUCAGACUUCUUCAUUUAAUCUUUGCCACUCAUGCAGUUCACAAUUAUCAAGAUCAUGUGCCACUACAACUAAUGGAUUUUGCUCAUAGAUAUACAAAAUCAGUUUUAAAGGAUGCCCUUGUAUAUAAUGAUCAUUCCAAACCCAUUAAUACCAAUACAAAUUUGAAUUCAAAUACCAAUGCUACCGUUAAUACUGAUGAUAUAAGAUUAGCAAUUGCAGCUCGAAGUAAUUAUCAAUUCAAACCAGUUCCUCCUAAAGAAUUGUUAUUGGAAUUAGCUCAAGAAAGAAAUAGUCGACCAUUACCACCAGUUAUUCCAAGAUGGGGGUUAAAUUUACCUCCAGAAAAAUAUUGCUUAACUGCUAAAGAUUGGGAUAGUAUUUAUGAUGAACCUGAUGAAGAUAAUGUUAAUAAUCAACUGCUGCAACAAAAGAAUAAGAAAUUGAAAACUAAAUAG